AAAAAAGGUUAAGAGACUCAAAGGUUAACUAAAGAAUAGAGAUGUCCUCGAACGAGCCUGGAGUGGAAAACAAUCCACUGCCCGCCUGCCCCUUCCAUUCUCAUUACUGUUUCAAUGGCGUCUUCUGAAGCUUACCCCAAACAACCCUCUGACGAAAUCCGAACUGAUGUUCUCUCUGCCGCUAGAUUGUCUUGCUACAAGGCGCGCGACACAUUCUAUUCAUGCCUGGGGAAAGAAUCUGGCAAGAAAGCUACUGAACUCGCGACUGUAGGCCUGCUGUACCCAGCGGAGUGCAAGAAAUCCAGAGAAGAAUUUGUGAAUCAGUGCCGACCAAGUUGGGUGAAACACUUUGAUAGGCAGUAUUGUGCUAAGAAGAGGGUUCAAAGGCUUUUGGAUGAUGAUGAUGAGUCAAGGAGAGGCCCUUUGUUACUCCCACAGCCCUAUACAUUCAAGCCCCCUUCUUCAAGCUAAUAUCAAUAGUAUGGAUUUGUGUUAUCCUGAAAUAGUUUUUUUUUUUAAUUUUUGAAUAGGACCAUAAUAAUUAUGUACAUCACAUCUUCAAUUAGAUUUCACUUGUUACUGCUUCAUUGCAAUUAUCAUAAUUCUAUUUCUAUUCAGAAUGCCCUACUUUUUUUUUGUACAAGAGCAUUUAGUUUUUGUUUGUCUAUAGAGUAGUUCUUUCUUUAUCAGUUUACCUGUUGUUUGUAACUGUCCAAAGGUAGCAUCAUUGGCUUCGGUGAACUAUUCACAGGGAUUUAGACUUAAGGUAAAAGGAAAUGAAUGUUGAUUGGUGAGCUGUUCUUGCUAUGAGCAGCUAUAACGAUCAAGUAAGAUCAAGGGAAUGCAGGUGCCUAGAUUGCUGGGGGCAAAUGUUAAUGUGGAAAUCUACUGCUUUUGGCAUUCGUGGAUAGUUGAAGUUAAGUGUCUCUGCUAUAGGUUAAAUAUAUCCUACUGAAGAAUAAAAGUAGAUGUAAUUUUGAAGGCCACUUGGGCUUGACUGUGAAAACUCUUCUCGAGAUGCAACAUUUAUGCUGUUUACACUUUCCACAAAGAUUAAUUCAUUCUGUUCCAUUUGGAGGUGAAUUGAGGACACCUUUUUCAUAUGCCAUUUCUGAUUAUACACAUUUUCAAUUCCUUUUUGUAUUGUUUUUUCAUUUUUGUGAAGUAUUCUUUUCCAUUUCCUUUGCGGUCUUGUAGUACAUCUUUUCUUCUUUCUUUUCAAGUAACUGGUGCUAUUAUGCACAAACUCUUUGCCAGUACAACAGUUUCAAGAGUUGGUUCUUGAAUUAUCAUGACUAUUGUUGGUUUAAAUACUUUGCCUUGUAUGAUGUGAACCCGGUAAUAUUGCUAAAUGAUUCAACUUAGAGCAUUGUGUUUCUAUCUAGUUAAACUCGUUGCUGUAACCUUAGCAGUUGUGUUUAAUCAAUUACAUGAGUGCCUUUUCCCAUAUACUGUAUGUAAAGAAUCGCAAUAUACGAAGG